AAGUUACAAAUUACAUUCGGAUACGGAUUCUUCGUUUUAUCAUCAUCAUCAUUUAUUUAUUCAUUUUUAAAAAAAUAUCGAUAGUAUCGAUAAUCAACAUCGAUUAUGAUUCCAUCAUUUUCAACCAUUGAUGAAAACAAUGAUAAUGAUAAUUUUCAAUUUCAUGUUGAUAAUAAUGAUAAUCAAACAAUACGUCUUAUACAACCAGAAAUAUGGCAAAAAUCUCAAACAUUACAAGAAUUGAUUCAUUUAUUUUUGGAAAAAAAUGAUGAUUUUAAAAAAAUUGUUUCGAAUUUUGUACAAACAUUGAAUAUGGUUGGCGAAAUGAUUGAAAAAGAAAAGAUAAAGGCAAUUGGAUCUCGUUCAUUGAUUAAAGCAUUAGAAAUGAAACGUGAUUCAUUACGUGAACAAUAUCGUAAUAUGAUACGAGAGAAAAAAAUUGAAUACGAAAGGUUUGUUUUAUUCAUUUACUAG